AUGUUCUGUGCCUUGACCUGGGUUCUUCUUCCCGUGGCGGUCGCUGCAAUCUCUGACCCGGGUUGGGAGGCCUUCAAGCAGAAGUUCCAGAAGAGCUAUUCCAACACGGACGAGGAGUCGGCCCGCUACCAGCUCUUCAAGGCCACGCAGGAACGUGUGGAUCGCCUGAACAAGCUCAAUGGCGAGCCCGCCUUCGGCAUCACCUGGAUGGCUGAUCGUCAUGAGCAAGAGAAGUACAAGAGGGGCUUUCGGAUGCCCAAGGACUUCGAGCCCGUUGCACCGGUGCGGAACUUCUCCGAUGCCACGGCCAAGGCCGUUGACUGGCGGCUCACU